AUGCCCGAUUACAUCUACCUAUUCUUCAGGAGGGAGCUCAUUCACGUCUGUGUUUACUACCUUAUCUACACAGACCCUGACAUCAACUUCAACCGUCUGCACUUCAUGCCAUCUACAUCAUCAGCAGAAGGAAUAUCUGUUAUCCCGGUUCCAUCUAUACCAGUUUCUUCAAGUUCACCAGCACCGGUCAGCUCCACGGAGGGAACUACCACACUGGUCACGUAUGAAACCGUGACUACGUGCCCGAUUACAUCGACUUAUUCAUCUGGAGGGAGCUCUUUCACGUCUGUGUUUAGCACUGUGUCCAUUCAGACGUUGACUUCUACAUCUACUGUUUGCACGGCUUGUUCGCAGAGCAGUGUUGCGCCUACUUCGGUGCCGGUUUCGGUUCCUGCGUCGCCGAGGCCACGGCCUAGUUCGUCGGUGUUGAUAUCGUCUGCACCAGUCUCGUCUGCGGCAGUCUCCUCUACUCCAGUCACGUCUACUGAAGAAGGUACCACCACGUUGGUCACUUUUGAAACAGUCACUACCUGUCCGAUUACAUCUACCUAUUCCUCUGGAGGAAGUUCUUUCACAUCGGUGUUUACUACUUUAUCUACACAGACCCUGACGUCAACUUCGACUGUCUGUACGGCUUGUUCGGAGAGCAGUGUUGCGCCUACUUCGGUGCCGGCUUCGGUUCCUGCGUCGCCGAGGUCACGGCCUACUUCAUCGGUACUGAUCUCGUCUGCAUCGAUCUCGUCUUCACAAGCUUCUUCAACGCCGGUUGCAUCUACCGAGGAGGCUACUAUAACGUUGGUCACUUAUGAAACAGUCACUGCCUGUCCGAUUACUUCCACCUACUCAUCUGACGGAAGCUCUGUUACCUCUGUCUUUAACACUAUGUCUACUCUGACAUUGACAUCAAAUUCCACCGCUUGCACGAAUUGCCAGAGUGGAUCUAGUUCAUUGUUGCCGGCUUCGUCGUGGACUUCAGUUUCGACAUCUUCAUCUAUCCCAGCUAUCCCGGCUUCCUUGUCGAGUUCUACGCCCGUUUCAACACGUGCUUGGGUACCGGCUUCAAUGCCAGCCUCGACACCAACCCCGACGCCAGGCUCUUCGCUGUUAUCUUCUCGAGAUGCUCCAUCUUCCCUCGAUGAUGAUGACAUUACGCUAGUUACUUAUGAGACUACGACUAACGUCCCUAAGACUUGGUACAUACCGUAUCAAGGACUUGUCUUAACUUCAGUGCUUGACACUGCCUCUACACUUACCCAAAUCUCUACCUCGACUAUCUGCACUUCAUGCGAGAGUAGUGUUGCUGCGACUCCAACUACACUUUCCAAGUCGACUAUUAGCCUGGAAUCUGUCUCCUCCGCCACCGAAUCCCAAAUAACAACCUCCACUACUUCCUCUCUGUCCUCAUCUACCGCAAGCACGACCUCCGCCGACACGGAGACGGAGCCCUGGUCGCCGACGUGGGUUUCUUCGACUAGCAGCGAUGGCUUGGAUACACCAUCCGCAACGCCGAGUUCGUCGUCAUCUGCUGGGAAAGCGGCGAGGGUUGAGGUUGGUCGGGGAGUGGGGGUUGGCGUUGUUGGGGUUGUUUUUGUGGAAUUGUUGUUUUAA